CAAUAUAAAGCAACAAUUUUCUUUCUAUCAGACUGAAUGAUUCUGUCCUUUUUGACAUUCUUUAAUGCAGUUACUACUCCGUCGGAGAGAGGCGUACUGGCCGUUCUUAAACAAAUUGAGAACAACCAGCGGAUCAGCAGUAGCGAAGUCUGGCACAAAAAACGAGCAGACGGAAAGAAGGUUCGUGUUCUCAUCAAGGCUUCCAUCGUCUCUCUAACAGAGAUCGACACCGUGAAGCAGUCAUUCUCGGCUGAAGUCUGGCUCUCAGCCUACUUCAAGGAACCUCUGCUCAAGGGGAAGAAGGACAGAGAGGAGGUUGACUGGGCUGACCAAUGGGAUCCACGGAUUGUGCUUUUCAACGCUGUAACGGUCGAUAAAGAAGAGAUCAAACACAACCUGAUCCUGUCCGACAUGGACGACAUUCCCAUCGUACAGAUCACCAGGAGGGUGCAGGCAACCUUCAAGGAGCCGAUGAAGCUGGCAAACUUUCCCUUCGACUACCAGAAGCUGACUAUCAAGUUGAGGUCCAGAUGGCCGAUUGACCAGGUGGAGCUCCGGAAAAACAUGGGAGCCAAGGACACCAUCCGGACGGACACUUUUACAGCUUCUCAGGAGUGGAAACUGUACGGACAUCUCCUCUGUGACCAUGACGUCACUAAGAAUGACGUGUCCACCUCAGACAAGCAGUUCCCCCUGUACAACAUCACCAUGCACGUCAAGAGGAAGUCAGGCUUCUACGUCUGGAACGUCGCUUUACUCAUGUUCCUGAUCAUGUCGCUUUCGUUCACGGCGUUCUCCGUGUCUCCGGACAAACCUGAGUCCCGUCUCAGUGUCAGCCUCACCCUGCUGCUCACCUCGGUGGCUUUCAAGUUCAUGAUCUCCCAGAACCUGCCGACUAUCUCAUACCUAACGCUGCUGGUAAGUGUAACCUUAGGGUAACGGUUCAUUCACACAAUACAUUACAAUGUCAAGGUUAAAAUUUUUCUCACAUCUUGUUUAGGGCAGUGAGUCACCGACUCACCGUGAACGUUUUUUAUUGCCCGUGGACCACACAGCUAAGAUACAGUAGGGGGCACCGUGCGUUCA